AUGUCAUCGGAGGAUGAUGUCGAUGAAGCUGCGCUAAUCCGCGCCAGCACUGCCCGCCGCCAUGCCAAUUUGCAGCCAAUGUCCAUCAGUACACUUAUCGGAGCCUCAAAAACGACUUCAGGAUCUGGGUUGGAUGGAGGCUCUGCUGAUGGCCUGAACGACUCGGGUUCGGCUGGUCUUCACGAGCGUAGCAUGCUCCUCGGUACAUAUUCAGGAACAUCACUUAUGCAAGGAGGUGUCGGCGACAUAUCCGGCCUUGGGAUGAUGCCAAGUGAUGGGUCCUCAUCUCAAAUUGCUCAUACUACAGGGCUUCUGCAAGUCGAAACUGGAAGUCCAUCUCGACCUUUCUGUUUGGAAGCGAUCACUUUUCGUCUUUCUCACAGUCUUCAACGUCAAUUGGUCCGCGACGCUUAUCUCCGAAUUCUGAAUUCAAGCACUGCUAUUGGGAGCACUUUUACUUCCACUUCCUCUGGUGUAGGUGGCAGCCACAUUAUGUCUGCCGGUCUCGCUGAGCUUACCAUUAAUCCCUCAGUAACGCCGGCAUUGCCUUCCCAAAUGCCGGUGACGACUGCAGAAAUGACUACGAUCGCUGGGUCCAAUCUAUCGCUGGAGUUAGCCAGCAACUCAUCAAUGCAGGCGAACUACAAUCUUAGUGAUGCGCAAAUUGUGGUAUCAGCCCCGACAGCAUUGGAAACUAUGCCCUCUGGUUCUUCUCUGACACUUGUACCCAGUCAUUUUACUAGUGCACACGGUAUCGCUCGACUUCGAUUAGCCACACCCAAUAUCAAAUCAUAG